AUGAUUCCGAAGCUGAACAUAAAUAGCAUUCUUGAGAUGAGUGGAAAAUCUAGGGAACAAAAUGCUGCUGGGGGUAAUCGAAUGGAGGCUAUGCGAACGCCACAGGAAAUGCUUUCUUCUACGCCCCUGCGUGUCCGCAGUACUGUCAAGAGUGUGCCUCGAAUUCCCCAUGAUGGGUCGCCCACUCAUUCUUGGCGUUCUAGUGCCACUACCAAAUUCGAGGAAAGUGGUUUAGGUUUUGAUCUGCCUCGACGCGCGGAGGAGCUCAGUUAUGUUUUGGGUGGGAAUGUCCUGCAGAUUCAGGACGUUCAAACACUGCAGCUGAAGGCCGUUGAAAUGGCAGAGCGGCUGCUGCGUAUGGAGGAGUGGUAUAAAGAGCAAUUGCAUGAACGCAGUUCAUAUCUUGAGCACCGGUUGAUGCAGUUGACAGCCUCCACAGUUGGUGGCUGUAGCCAACCGGCCUCGCCACCAAUUGAUAGGUUGGUUGCGCCGGCAAUAAUAAGAAGCCGACAAGUUCCUAGCAGCACGACGACAGGGUUGAGCCGCCCUACACUGAAUGUGGGCGCAGCGGCUUCCAUUCGUCAAAAUGCCGUUCCGGCUGCGCCUAAUACGCCCAACACCGGCCUGGCAAAUUCGAGGACACCCGACAGUUCUCGCCACCUCAUCCAUCACCGUAACACCACACCAGUGCGUGAUCCUCCUUUUUCAAGCCAAAGUGCGGCGUUGCGCCACACACCCUUUAGCAGACGUCCAAAUAGAGAUGGAGGGUUGAACAGUGGAGGCCGUUCAAAGGGGUCAGGAAUAGAACGACGUAAGUUGCGUAGUGCAAGUUUGACCAUAAGCCGCGGGUCGAGAGGGAGUAGCGAUGCUGGAAUCGAGGAACUUGUUGAUGAUUCAUCCAGGCGGCGGAAAAAGCGACGUAGCCUGGCUUCACCCCUGUUGGUGGCAGUGCCAGUGACGAACAACACCCCUAAGCAUCAGCGUCCUUCAUCGGGGAGGCUGGGGCAUACGCCUUAG